AUGGACUCUCAUAUCUCUCUGGGCUAUCCCGAGCACCACGAUGAGAGUGAAUUGUCGUAUCCCACCGCCGUCGUUCCUUCAGGCUUGCCUUCGUUGAGCUCCUCAAUGGCAAUCCUCCCUCAAUACUCUCAUGCUGGUCGUAUGGAGCCCGAAUUUAUUAACAGUGCUCCCCAAGCUUUUGCUGACGACGAAGACGAUAGACCCUCCAUUGCUAUAGGAAAAACUGUCAGGAUCCUAGGGUACCACCCACGAGAGGGAACCUACCGCACACCUAUUGUUGUUCGUCUUGUUUUCCGGCGCGACUAUCUACCUUCAAAGGCCAGGGUUUCUCUUCGCGUAAAGAUGGGAAACAUUCCCAUUUGCACUGAGAUAGAAGGGAUUCAGGCCGCCAAUGGGGAGCUAGGAGAGUGGAGGUUGCACAUUGCCGCCCCUGAUCCACGAGAGCUGGAUAUCGUUGGUCUUGAAGUUCCCCUCAUUGUCCAAGCCUUUGACAUACACGCGGGAGUUAUGACUGACGACGUAUGCAUUGGGCCAUUCAAAUUUUGGACUCUCACAUCCGCCGAAGAGGUACGUACAGGCGGGCCCGGGCCAGAUUACUUUGGAGUCCUCCCACAAUCGUAUGGUAUGAGUGAGUACGCACAAUCGCGUCCGCCUUACUCUAGGAAUACAUCCAUUGGCGAGGAAAGCGCUAGCCAACCCGACGAAGGUUCAUUCUCCAGCUCCUACCCAGGCGAGGCACCAGCUUCUGCCUUGGGGCUUACCCACAUGACAGAGGCAGCUCACGAAGGCUCAGUGCGCCGCCGCGCACAGCUAGCUAUCGACGUUCCUCCUCCUCACAGUACCUUGGAUGUAUCGAGAAGCGACGGAGAUACCGAAUCUCCUUCCACAGCAAAGAGCUUUCUCGGUCAGACCCCAGGAGAAGACACAUAUCAGGUUUCCCUUGGAUUCCUUGCGGAUCUUAAUUCCAUGACUAAGAACUGGACACCGGAGGAGGUCAAUGACAAGAGGCGGAUUGUCGAAUUCUUUUGCGUCCGAACUCGCGGUCGCAUCGAUGUCACGUUCGCUCCUAUCCCCGUCGAGAAGGCUCGAGAUCUGAGCAAAAACAUCGUAUCCUGCAUUUGGUGGGAUGGCAUGGAAGAAUUUAUUAUUACUUCGGUAGAUACAAUUAACCUACUCGAGCGGCUGGUAGGGACCAAGUUCACAACUGAAGAGAAGAAUCGUAUUAGAAGGAACCUUCAGGGUUUCAAGCCCGCCACUGUCUCAAAGAGUCAGCCCGAGUCCGAGCCCUUCUUUCGCACUCUUAUGGAGUUUCCUCCACCAAGACCACGUAACAUCGAGAAGGACGUCAAGGCAUUUGCAUGGUCUAAACUUCCUUCCAUGUUGGAGAAGGUUGUCUCGAAAUACUGGUUCACGUCCUCUUCGAGCGAGUCCGAAACCGAUGAUACACCCUCAAAAAUUCGAAUUCUACGCGAGUCGGAUAACAUCUCCACAGAGUCACCUAAUGUAUCCGCUCAGCCUCUCUCAGCGUCUGAGACACUAAGCUCUGCUCCACCCUCACAACGAGAAGUUGAAUCGAUGUGUGGGGAUAUUAUUGAGUCAGGCUCUUACGCUCCCGUGCCUCCUUCCAGUCAAACUCAGUCCGAAGAAUAUUACUCCGGUACAUUCACGAACGAACAUCAUCUAGGCUAUGCUCAAGAAUCUCAAGGGUCAUUAAAUUCAAUGUAUGGUGGCCCCGACACACUCAUGGAAAUCAGCGAGGAGUCCGCAGGAGGCUUGCACUCUAUUUCGGUCGCCCACACUCGAGUCUCUGGAGGGCCCAUGAACGCAUGCCCCGAAUCGGUGGUGAUCCCUGCCCCCAGUAGUACCUAUACGCACCACACUGGUGCUAAUCAAAUGGCCGGCGAGGUUGUCCAUAGUGACAUGCAGUAUAUGACGCAUACAUCCUACUAG